CCGUGCCAACCUGAAGGUGUCCUUUACAUCACUGGGUCAAAAGAUGAUCGUCCCAAGUCGAGUUGGGGGCACUAGAUGGCUCCCCCACACCCAGAGGGCGUUGAAGGCUGUCCUGACAGGAAAGGAUGCCAUCAUACAACACCUGGAGCAGAUGCAAGCCUCCCCUUCAGAGGCAAGGAAAGACUCCAGUGCCAAGGCCAGGAACUUCUUAAGGUUGCUAGGUUGCUGAAGGACAGUGCCGUUGUACUGUGGUUGCACCUGAUGCUUGACAUCAUUACUGCCCUCAGCAUGGUGUCAACCACAGCACAGCAGCAGGACAGCACCCUGGCUGACAUAUGGGAUGCCCUCGAUAGCGCUAAGCGAUGUCUGAGAAAAUACAUAACGACUGAUGGACCCUACCUGCGAAAGGCCUCGUCAUCAGAGACAGAAAAUGUACGGGAAAGCAUCGCAAACCGGAGGACAACAGUCCUCAACUCCCUCAUCGCAUGCACCACAGAAAGGUUUUCUGGCGACCUCCAUCUGUUCCAAGCCAGUCGAAUCCUGGCCCUGAACAAAUGGUCUGCCGACAUAGCAGACUUUGGAGACGACAACAUGCCUGUGUUGGUGGAGACAUGCGGGGAAGCCUUGAAGGCAUGCUGUCCUACUGUGGACCUGAUGGCCAUAGAGCCCGAGUGGAUGCUUCUGAAAACGGCUGUACAAAACAGGAGCAGACAGAAGGAGGCCCCACCUUUAACCUGGCCGAUGCUUCAAGAGAUGGAGGGAAAGAGGUGUAGCAACCUGUUCACCUUGGUGAACUACCUGCUUUCACUUCCGGGAUCCUCUGAAGACGCAGAGAGAGGAUUCUCAAGAAUGAAGAUGGUCAAGAAUGACUGGCGGUCCAGGUUGGGGGAUCAGAACCUCUCCGACCUGCUCCUCAUCCUUCUGGAGGUGGAGCCGGUGAAGAGCUUCGACCCCCAUGCAGCCAUCCAGCUGUGGUAUGCCGAGGGCACCAGGGCAAAGCGCCCAUUCUACAAGGAUGAAAUGUAGAAAUGCAAGAUCCCAACCACCCAGGCUGUGUUGGAGGCCGCAGGUGUGCUAGACCUGGUGACCGAGGAUGAUGUUGCCAUGGAAGAGGAGUCUGAGGAGGAUGCACUUAUGGUGGAGGAAGAGCUUCCAAUUGACUUUAAAGAUGACGAUGAAGAUGGUGAUGAUGAUGAUGCUGAUGAAGAGAGGGCUUCAGCACAGGACAUCAGGGAGCUUCAGCUGAAGUCUUACAAACUCUUAAAAAACAUGCUUGAGGCAUAGUCAAAUUAAAUUAUA